AUUCUGUGAUGGGAGGAAGUGAAGGUGGGUUGAGAGCGGAUGGACCUAAGAGCCUUCUUCAUCAUCCAAACCAAUGGAGUGAUCUUGUGAUGGUGUUUUGCAGGAGCUCAUAAAUAGAGCGUUUUCAAGGCAACUUGACAACGUGCCAGGUCAGGAUCUGCAAUGAUCAACUUGGACACUCCCUUUCCCUCUCCCUCCCUCUGGAGCCAGUCGUACAGCCUGUACAGUCAGAUAGUCGGAAGGGCAGGAUUGAUUUAAAUGAACUUGGAUUGUGUCGAAGGAACUUAUUGUCACCGGAGGCUGAAAGGCUUCGCACGUGUCUGUAAGAGAGAGAGAGAGUGAUAUUGAGACCUGGCAGCAAUCAUUACUGGAGCACAUCAGGAUUCGGUCUGGUUUGCGAAAGGUUCCCAGAUUCCCUACUUCCGUCAGUUCCCGAACCGAGAGGGCCAGUUCGGCUUCAGUGUUGGAGAAGAGAGGGGUGUCUUGUGGGGAGUCAGCUGAGGAGCACACGGCACCAGCGUAGAGUUGCUGAAGCAAAGGGAGCUCAUUGUCAGCCGCCAUGUCAGUCCACACCUUACACUUGGAGCAGUCACCAGGCUCCAGGGCAGGUCACUGGCCGGAGUCCAUGGUCCUCAAUGGUUCCUCAAUGAACCGGGCUUUCACUAACGUGGUCUAUCCCGGCUCCGUCACCGUCUCCCAGACCAAUGCCUACAGCCAGCGUCCGGCAGAGCGAUGGGUCUGCCGGCAAGUGACUAUGUCCCCUCCUGCCUCGAACUUGGGUUAUCAACCGUACCACCCAAGCAACCCUCACCAGACCCUCUCUGUCAAGUCAGCCUACGGGCAGAAGCCCCCGUCGCCGUGCCCUCACACCGUGCUGCAGCGAGCAGCUGGCGAUUAUCACCGGACGCCACAGGAGCCCGAGCAGACAGAGGCUUGGAAUUUUUUCAGGAAGGGGUCAGAUGCGGACCAGAACCCAGGGGAUCAGGCAUCGUCACCGUCCUUAGAUGCCACCAUCGAGAAUCUGAACAACCUGAUUCUGGAGCUGGACCCAACUUUCCAGCCCAUCAACACCGGAGUCAGAGGAGCCUGGGAUAGCCUCCGGCACGAUACCAGCUCCAGCUCCGUCACCGCCUUGCCGCACUGUCACACACACAAGGAGGAAUUCCCUGGAGACAGCGAUGGAACAGGAAUUCUGCUGUACAAUGAAUGGGAUUCUCCGGGAAGGAGAGACGAGCAGCAAUCCGUGAGCCUGAUAUCCCACGGAGGGGACCGAGUGGACUCCCCAGAACGGGGUGACAUUGGGAGCCCCAACAGCGACAGCCAUCACAGGACGUUCACUCUCCCGGGAUAUAGCCAGGCUCGGGAUGGCUGGAGUGGUCCCACCUCGCUAUCCAGGGACAUUUCGCAUCCAGUCAUUGUCUCCAAGCCACACAUUCCCAUUCCUACCUCUUCGUCCUCUAUGGAAUCCCGGUAUAUAGACAUGUCCCCUUGCCCGAGUGCCUUGACAUCGAGAGGACCCUCGACACACAGCACCUCCCACCAGAGCCGAGGCCUCUGUAUCAGCCCGAGUGACUCGCUCUCCACGUCUCCUCAGCGGAACACAUUACCCAUCCUAGUCCCCACGCCCCACGGCAGCCUCCUUAGAGAUCCCGCCUGCAACUACCUCUCCAUGUCUCCGGUCUCGGAAAGCAUCCACAAGUGCUCGCUCGCUCGUCCUUCCAUGCACGUUGGAAGCACUGGCUCCUUGCUGUCCACAUCUCCUGGGUCAGACGUGUUGGGAAGCUCCCACUCCCUGCUGAGCGAGGACGGGAGGAUGUACAGAUCCACGGGGAGUACGUACGGAUCAUCCGGGUCCUUCGUUAACAUGUCGAGUCCGUUCGGCACCUCUCCCGGCACCUGCAAGAUCUCCUUCAGCGAUCAGAGACUUCACGAAGCCUCGCCGCAAGCCAGGGGUGCUGGUCGUUCCUUCUCUCACCACGGUGCCUCCAACACGGGCCCUGGGAGGAGGCAGAUGACCUCCCAGCACAACGCAGCCAGGCCACAAUACAUCAACAGCUGCCCGGCCUCCACCACCACCUCCUUCACCGACAUCCCGCUGCUCCUCAUCAACGGAGCCCCUGAGCACGGGCAAAGCCACUCGCACAAGAAACCACCGCCCUCGCCUGGCUACUUCCCCGAAGCGAACGCCAAUUGCACCGCAAGACGUCCCCCUGGUCUCAAUGUUGGAUCAAUUGGAUCGUUCAAGGCUUCGAGCCUCGUCUCGCUAGAAGACCAAUGUGACUCUCAACCGAGCAUCAAAUUCGUGCAGGACACCUCCAAAUACUGGUACAAGCCGAACCUCAGCAGAGAGCAAGCGAUCGAGAUACUAAAGGACAAGGAGCCGGGCUCCUUCAUCGUCCGCGAGAGCUCCACCUAUGUCGGCUCCUACGGAUUGGCCAUGAAAGUAUCUUCACCGUCAUCGUCGCCAGGAAGUCCCCCUGACAAUAGAGCAGACUCUCCCAGUCAACAGGUCCGACAUUUCCUGAUUGAAUUCUCCCGCAAAGGCGUGAGUCUGAAGGGAUCGGCCCAGGAACCUUUCUUUGGGAGUCUGUCAGCCCUAGUGUACCAGCACUGCAUCACUCCCAUGGCCUUACCCUGCAAACUCAUCCUUCCCAGAAAAGAGAGUUCGAGUGAGGAGAACAGCCCAGACUCCUCCGAGAGAACAGCGUCUCCACUGCUGAAGAACGGAGCAGUGUUCAACAUCCUGUACCUGAACUCGGUGACCAUGGAGACGCUGACCGGUCCACAGGCCAUUCUGAAAGCCACGUCGCUGAGCCUGGAGCGGGAGCCCAUGCCCCCCGCCACCGUGGUCCAGUUCAGAGUGUCCGAGCAGGGCAUCACUCUCACAGACAGCAAGAGGAGGCUCUUCUUCAGAAGACACUAUACAGCCGGCACAGUGAAUCACUGCGGUUUGGAUCCGCUUCAGAGGAAGUGGAGAAAGGACAACGAGCCCUCAAGGAUCUUCGGGUUCGUGGCAAAGAGUCAAUCCAAUGCCACCGAGAACAUUUGUCACCUGUUCGCAGAAUAUCAGCAUGAACAGCCCGCCUCCACCAUCAUCAACUCCGUGACCAGCAUUCUGCCCGGGCUCCAGAGGGAGUGAGAGAGGAGGGGGGGACGGAACGGAGAGAGGGAGUGAG